AUGUCCCAGGUCAUACAGAACCACGUGCUGCGUGUUGGACAGACUGUGUGUGUUCCCUCUCCGGAGGAAAGCAAGAACCUGCACCCGGCGGGGUACCCGGGGUGCUCCACCCUGCCGGGCAAGUACGUCUACUACUCCACAGAGUCCUGGGCUGACCCCCCCUCCGUGGUGCACCCCAAGGCUCACCUGCUCCCCGGAGGGAGGCUGUAUGGAGCCCACCCUGUGCUGGAGCAUGUGGCUGCUCACACACAAGGGAAGGGGCAGCAGGACUCCUCCUUGGAGAGAGCCCCUGCUCCAUGUCAGCCGAAGCAGGAGGAGAACACCAGCAUGGAUCCUGAGGCUCAGCCAGUGUCUCCCUCCCUGGACAUAUCCAUAGAGGCUCUCAACCGGCUGAUCCUAGAAAUCGAUCCGACCUUCCAGCCCCUGAAGGAUCCAGCCCAACCUGCUGUUUGGGGUGACACUGUGGCCACCAAGGAACAGGAGCCAGAGGCAAUAGACAUCAAGUACAUAGAGCUGACACCAGGCAGAGCCACGGGGCCUGAGCUGCCACAGGGCUCCCCCAGCCCUUCGGGCACCCCAUUCUCCAGGUCCCCCCAGACCGACGGCUUCCUGACCCAAAAAGGGGCACUCGGGGGCAAAUACAGCACUGGUGACAGCGUGGUUUUCUCCAGCCCACCCGGACCCUCAAGCUCCCAGUCAGCCACCCUGAGCUGCAGCAAAGCAUCCGAGAGCAUCACAGUGCCCCAGCAGUGCACAGCCGGACACACGGACACCGCCUCCCUCGGCACCUCCCCGGGCAUUGACAACCUGCUGAAGCCUGUGCAUGUGGUGAGGGCUCAGCAGCGGGGCAGUUGGGUGUCCCAGCUCUCCACGAGCCCUGGCUCCGACACCAGUUACAUCCUGGGAAGCAGCACCCACUCGCUCCACAACGAGGACUCGGAUGCUCCCACCGCUGCCUGCCCGUCCCCCUCCAGCUCCCUGGGCAGCCCCUGCUCCCCUUCCCCUGGCAUCGUGUCUCACUCCAGAGAAACUUUUGGCCAGAGGCUCCCCCAGCCCAGGGCAGGCAGCUCCUCCAGCACCAGCUCCUCCUCGGCCCAGAAGGGCCAGGCCAGCAGCUGCCCCCCCUCCAUCCUCCCCUCCUCAGCUGACAUCCCGGUGCUGUUGGUGAACGGGUGCCUGGAACAAGGAGAUGGAUCCCCCAGGGCGGCCAAAGCCCCCCCCAGCUCUGCCAUGCAGGCCCCCCCUCCUGGCUGCAACCCUGCCCCGAGGCUCGGGGGCCUCAACAACGCCCUGUCAGCUCCUGCACUCUCCUGCGUCCCAGACAGUCCCCUCAGGGCUGGGCAGCCCACCAUGAAGUUCGUGAUGGACACAUCAAAGUACUGGUUCAAGCCGAGCAUCAGCAGGGACCGAGCAAUCCAGCUGCUGAGGAACAAGAAGCCAGGCACGUUCCUGGUGCGGGACAGCACGUCAUUCCGGGGCUCCUUUGGACUGGCCAUGAGGGUUCCCGGCUCUCCGUCCGGCAGCCAGACAGGUGACGACAGCAGUGACCUCGUCCGGCACUUCCUCAUCGAGUCCUCCACCAAAGGGGUGCACCUGAAAGGUGCCAGCGAGGACCUGUAUUUUGGGAGCCUCUCUGCCUUCGUCUACCAGCACGCCAUCACCCAGCUGGCACUGCCCUGCAGGCUCCGCAUCCCCACCCAAGAUCUCGCUGGCGGAGAAGACAGCCCAGACUGUGCUCCUGAAUCCAUGCUGGCCCUGGCAAACAAAACUGCAGUGUGCAACGUCCUGUACCUCAGCUCAGUGAACGUGGAGACGCUGACGGGAGCCCCGGCCAUCCUGAAAGGCAUCUCCUGCACCCUGGAGCUGGAGACGCUGCCCACGCCCACCCUGGUGCACUUCAGGGUGACAGAGCAGGGCGUCACCCUGACCGACAUCCAGAGGAAGGUGUUUUUCAGGAGACACUACCCCUUGGCUGCCAUCAGGUUCUGCGGGAUGGACCCUGAGAACAGAAAGUGGCAGAAGUACUGCAAGUCCUCCAGAAUCUUUGGGUUUGUGGCCAAAAGCCAGGCAGACUCGGGGAACCUCUGUCACCUGUUUGCAGAGUACGACACGGUGCAACCAGCAUCGCUCAUCAUCGACCUGCUCCGUCAGCUCCUGCCCGGCCCGUAGGGAUGGCACCUUGGGAUGCCCAGGGCUGGCAGCUGCCCACACACUGCCGAGCUUCUCCUGCUCCUCUGCUCCUGCUUCUGAGUUGCAUUUUGGCAACAGCUUGUAUUUAUACUCGUUUUGUUAUGUACCAUCAUGUCAGAAGUCUCAGUUUGAGAUUUUCAGCUCUGGUGGGAUGAGAUGCCCACGGGGAGCUGUGCUGGUCUGGGACAGAGCGGUGGGAUGGGAGCUGUGCUCCCUAUGGAACCACAGCCCCUCACCUGGCACCCGCUGUCUGCUUUGCAGGGCCCCAGUGUUCUGGCUGAGGUUCCUACCAGCCAUGAGGGACCCCUGUGCUCGGGGCAUCCAGGCUGAGGCAAGUCAUGGAGCUGAGCUGAGCUCCCACCAUUAGGAACUCGGCCCUGACCCCCCAGUGCCACAGGAGGGGAGGUCUGGGGCAGGCAGGGGGGACUCACCCCCUGAGUAGCACCAGAAGGCAGCUUUGCAAAUCAAACUGUAUAAAAAUCACCAAGCCCUGCUGGAAACCUGCUUCCCUGAAGGAGCAAGAGGCAUCCACAGGCAGGAAUGUCAGAUCAGCGCAUUUUUCCCUGUGCUGGGAAAUUCUCCUGCCCUUUUUCGCAGAGCGGGGUUACGGGCGGGCUCGACCUCCCAGCACCGCGGAGAGCUGGGAAAUAAACGGUGACAUUUUCAUGA